CUUCGCAGCGACAACAUGUGUGCAGUUCGAGGGAUACUAGGAGCAGCCAGCCUUGCAGCUCUAGCUAUAGCUGCCGGUGGAUCGCUUUACUACCUGUACCGAUCCAGAACACAGAAGCCGACGACAACGGAGGAGACUACGGUCACUCCAGUGGAAGGAGACCCUGAAACGGUGGAGGAGAGGCAGGCUGAGCCGAUGGUUGAACCUGUACUCUCCGAGACUGUGAUGGAGUUGGUGGAGGAAGAUGGAGGAGUUGACUGCCCCAAGGAAGAAGAUCAGGUCACUCUCAUUAUGGAUGAGGCACCAGAAGCUCUCAGCCUGCUACAGGUCACUGACUCAACAGAGUCAGAGGAAGCUGAGGUGACCCUUAAUACAGAGCUUUGUGAGAGUGUGGUGGAAACACUGGUGGAAGAUGGAGGAGUUGACUGCCCACAAGAGGAAGAUCAGACCACUCUCAUCAUGGAUGAGGCACCAGAAGCUCUCAGCCUGCUACAGGUCACUGACUUAACAGAGUCAGAGGAAGCUGAGGUGACCCUUAAUACAGAGCUUUGUGAGAGUGUGGUGGAAACACUGGAGGAAGAUGGAGGAGUUGACUGCCCCAAGGAAGAAGAUCAGGCCACUCUCAUCAUGGAUGAGGCACCAGAAGCUCCCAGCCUGCUACAGGUCACUUAUUUAACAGAGUCAGAGGAAGCUGAGGUGACCUUUAAUACAGAGCUUUGUGAGAGUGUCGUGGAAACACUGGAGGAAGAUGGAGGAGUUGACUGCCCACAAGAGGAAGAUCAGGCCACUCUCAUCAUGGAUGAGGCACCAGAAGCUCCCAGCCUGCUACAGGUCACUUAUUUAACAGAGUCAGAGGAAGCUGAGGUGACCUUUAAUACAGAGCUUUGUGAGAGUGUGGUGGAAACACUGGAGGAAGAUGGAGGAGUUGACUGCCCACAAGAGGAAGAUCAGGCCACUCUCAUCAUGGAUGAGGCACCAGAAGCUCCCAGCCUGCUACUGGGCACUGACCCAGCAGAGACUAAGGAAGCCGAGACGGAGGCUGAAUGCAGACCCGAAGCUGAAUCCAAAAAGAAGCAUAAGAGACGAGGGAGACGAGGAAGAUCACAAAAACUACGAAGACUAGGAAGACUACGAAGACGAGGAAGACUAGGAAAACGAGGAAAGAGGCUGUAUAAGUAGGACAGUGUAGGAAUAAGUGGAUUUGUGUCAACGCAAAAUAGAAAUAAAUCUGCAUAAAUCAAAAUUUACAGUGUAAGGGGUCUUUUUUAGGUCUUUUAGUCCUUUUGAAGUCUUGUAUGUGAAGUACAGUAGCACACUCCAGAAAAGAAUAAAAAAAACAACCUCAAAAAUAAUUAAAUAUGAGAAAACAAGCAAAAAAAUAUUACAUAAAAAAUCAACCACAAAAAAACAAACAAAAAUACCCUUAAAUAAAAUAAAUAAAUAAAUAAAAAAGGUUUACAUAAAAAACAACCAUAACAACCUGGCUGAAGCUGAGGUGAUAGUGGAGCCUGUACUCUGCGCGAUUGUGAUGUAGUUGGUGGUGGAAGACGGAGGAGUUCACUGCCCCCAAAAGGAAGACCAGGCCACUCUCAUUGUGGAUGAGGCAUCAGAAGCUGCCAAACACUGGUGGAUGAUGGAGGAGUUCACUGCCCUCAGGAAGAUCAGGCCUCUCACAUUAUGGAUGAGGCAUCAAACGCUUCCAACCUGCUACUGGACACUGACCCAGCAGAGACAGAGGAAGGAAACUAAGGUAAAAGAUGUAACUGCUACAGAAGCU